AUGCUGAGGUUAUGGGCCCUUUCCUGCGCCUUGCUACUGAGUGCGGCCCGCGAGAGCGGCCACUUUCGCCCAAAGUAUGCCCGUGUGGAUGGCGAGGUCGAGACUCUGUGGCAGCGGCCUGCCGUGGAGCCGAAAGGCAUCUUCUUCAUCGCUCACGGAUGCCAACAUCAGGGGACCGACGUGUUCGAUGAGGUGGCAGAAGACGGCUGGAAGUUCGAUGACUGCGCGACCUCGAACUACGGGAAGUGCCUCGGUCUGCCGGAGGAGGGGGCCUUGCGCCGGUACGCCUUGUCACGGGGCUAUGUUGUGAUGGCCGUGUCUGGCGGAAGCGGCGUCCGCAGCUGCUGGUAUGGCGCAAGAGAUGUUGCCAAGGUGGGUGCAGCUGUGCGCCACGUCAGGAAUGUCGAGCAGCUUCCUGCGGAUCUCCCGCUGCUGGCUCUCGGGGCCUCCUCCGGUGGUGCGUUUGUGGGUCUACUGCCUGGGGCGGACGCAUCCAUUGGACUCGGAAAGCUGCAGUGCAUUGUUCCAGAGAUCAUGGAUGUGGACAGCAGCGUCAACAAUGGUGUGCCGACGCUGUUCAUCCACAUGCCCAGGGAUGAACGCACUGCAGCUUUCGUGGCGGAGAGCAUCGGUGACCUUACUGCUCGGGGCAUUCGAGUGAGUGAGCUACGUGUGCAGCCGCAGGCCAUUACCCCAGCGUUCCUCCGGAGCUGUUUGUCGGAGGCCGAUGCCGCCCAGCUGGUGAAAGCCUUGCAGGAGCAUUCCGUCGUGGAUGCCGAGGGUUUCCUGCUUGCAGAUGCAAGGGCCCGAGAGUGGGUACCCGCUGCCAAGGAGGCUUUGGGAUCCAACAGCCGGGACUCCUUCAGACCUGACGAGUCCUGCCUCGCAGAGCUGAUGAACGUCGCCUGGGCUAAGCACGAGUUCUCCUCUCAAUUCGCGAAGGAGAUCUUCGACUUUUGUGAGGGCCAGGAGCCUCCAGUUCCUGCUUUGGCUGAGACGCAUGGAGCAAGAACUUGGGAGACUCGCUUCGGGCAGAUGGAGGUUUUCGAGUUCGGCGCCGCCCCCCAGCCGCUGGCCAUUGCACUGCCUGGCAUGAAUCCGAGCCUCGUCCACGAGUUUGACCCCAUUGCAAAACGCUUGGCGAAGGAGGGCUAUCACGUCCUCCUGCCGCAUCUGCACGCAAAUCCGAAGACAAGGCCUGGGCAACUUUCUGUGCAGGGUUUGGAGGGAGUGCUCCAAGACUUGCUACAGGCGAACGGCUACAACCAGGUUGCCAUCCUGCUGGGCAAGUCUUGGGGAGGCGGCAUGGCCUCGUCGUUGGCCAACAGCGAAGCACUCAAGGUGCAAAAACUGGUGCUCGUGGCGCCGGCACGGUCUGAACCUUCAUCUUGGCCAGCCUCCCUUCCGGUGGCCCUUUUCUGGGCCGAGGAUGAUGCUACGGUCCCUUUGCCGACGUCGCCGAGUUUGCGGAAGCGGGCACAGCUCUUCCACACAGAGCCCACAGGUGGGCACCGUGUGCUUCCAAGCUACGCAGAUCCCAUCGCCCGCUUCGUUGGCUCUCCGGCUGCUGCCGAGGUGGAUGCCAAAGGUGUGCCAAAGAGCACGGGGCGAGUUGGAGACUCGGGAGAAUCCAGUUUUGACAAGGUCGCCCGGACUGGCAGCAUGCCCCGCAUGACAGAUUCCCACUCGCACGCGGACCAGCUGUGA